GCCGCCUCUCACUUUUCUCUACUAAACUUUCCGCCUCAUCAUGCAACAUCUCGGCCUUAACCUCCUGGAGAAGGACGACUUCGAGGUCACAUGCUUUGACAACCUCUAUACCGGGGAGAACCGGGAAUGCCACUUCCAUGGAUUUCCCCAGACGCGAGGCUGGGAGUUCGAUACAUCCACAUACACUAUCAAGAAACCCAUUAGAACACCGGGAGUCGACUUCGGUCAGCUGAUGCAAUCUUGGCUCUUUUUCGGGCUCAUUACCGCGGUAGUGUACGACGACAAUCACGAUGAGACAAGGCGAUUUGAUUCGAAGACGCUUGUAUCCAAGCGUAAUACGAUCGAUACGACAGAGCUCCCGCGUAUCCUUAGAGAAUGGCAACGAUGGGAGAUGCAGAAAAAGAACGAAUCGGGCCAGAACAUGAGGAUGAUCCGCGCACAGCUUGCGUUGGACCUUGCCCGGAAAGUGAUCAAGCGCCAUUCUCCCCCACCUGGCAGUAGAAGGAAGGCAGGCCCUACUCAACUUGAUGACCAUCUGGCAUUAUCACUCAUGGUCCUCGGCGAAACUUUGACGAAUGCGAAAGCGAAAAUCAUCAAUCAAGUCGGCUUCAGGGCGCGCGAUUGGUAUGGAGAUGCCGAUAUUGGCUGGGGAAGUCCUUCAGCGGUAUUGGAUAAGAUGGAUGACGACGACUGGUGUCCCAGGACGAAAAAUCUCCUCCGAGCGCAGCUACGCGAGAAUGCGACGGCCCUCCUCUCUGUCUAUAUAUCACAUCGACAACAUAAAUUCAGAGGCCAUACAGAGGCUAAAUGCAAUGAAGACGAACCCUGCAAGCUCAAAUCCGAAGACGGGCGCUUUCCUGGGGAAUACGCAACGAAGCAUCACCCAGAUUGCCUUCAUCGGGGAAACCGCAGAAACGCUGCCUGUCAUCCCGGCAGCGCGUGUUGUGGUCAAGGGGAUGAGGACAUGAAGGAUGACGAGGAAACCUACGAGUUACCCACCUGCCUUACUCCGUGUGUAGAUAAGAUGGUGGGCGUGACGAUCGCAGAUGUUGUGAGGAUCAUAGAAGCCGACAGAAUUCCGCUCAUCAAAUUCAAGGAGACAAAGGGUGGGGAGGACCCGAUCCAACUGGAAGUAAUUGAUGACGCAGAAUGUCAAGAUUAUGCAACAAUAUCGCAUGUCUGGUCAGAUGGAUACGGGAACCCCGACCAAAAUCAACUAUGGCGGUGCCAGCUUGCUUACUUUCGGGAUCUCCUGAAAGAAGCGCAGAUGCAGAAGAAUAGGCAGAAUAGAGGAGAGGCAAAAGACGACCCGCUUCCUUUCUGGAUUGACACGCUGACAAUACCGGUACAAGACCAAUACAAAUCAGCCAGGAAGAAGGCAAUCACUCAUAUCUAUAAGGUCUAUUCCCGGGCCAGGUACACCAUCGUCAUUGAUAACGGAUUGAACAACAUGUCAUGGGACGACAAGGACUAUACAACGACGGCGAUGCGAAUCCUCGCGAGCGGAUGGAUGCGCAGGCUCUGGACGCUCCAGGAAGCAUAUCUGAGCAGGAAGCUUCUGUUCGCCUUCAAACGCUGGGACAACAACAAACCGGAUGUACCCCUCGUGGACUUAGACGAAAUCGAGGAGCUGUUCGUCGAUACGAACGAAGCACUCGUCUCGAGCCUCCCAGCAAAUGCCAGGAGCUACUACCACAACAUGCUUGGCCAAGACCGCAAGGCACGCAUACACGGCUUGACUUCUACGAACAGCGUGGGCCUGGUCGCCAGUGUGUGGAAAGCUGCGCAAUGGAGGACGACAAGCAAAUUAGAGCAUGAAACAUUAGCCCUUGCUACAUUGUUGAACUUGGAUUAUCAGAACUCGUCGUUUGCAGGCGCCGAGCUAUUGAAGAAACGCGAUGAUAAAGCUCAGAAGCUCAAGGAGUACAUGAGGGACUUCUGGCUGGUAUUGGAAGAGAACUCUCCUGGGGCUAUUCCUCCAGGUAUCAUAUUCUUGCCUGGGGAGCGGAUCCAGCUACCCGGUUUCGGAUGGGCACCCCUUAGCUGGAUGGAAGCCCAGGGGGUUGAUUAUCCUGACCCUAUUUCGGUCAUUUCCAAGUCAGCAAAACUAGAGCCACGAAAAGGCGGCCUGCUCGUCGAAUUCCCGGGAUUUCUGCUCCACUUUCAGGACAGGAACGCUAUUCUAGGGUACACGGACGGCAAAGGCUUCUGGUUUCCAAGCGACAGUUCGCUGUCUGAAUGGUAUCAUGUCGAACGACCGGAUGGGAAACAACAUAGUAUUAAGAAGGGCAUCAUCGACGAGCGACGCACUGAACACCUCGCAAUCAUUCUGAGUCGUCCACGGCCACGCGAAAUCGCCGAGAUCGGGCUCUUAGUCGAAAUUCACAAGACGAAAGAGCAGAGGGAGCUUGGAAAGGAUAGCGGGAAGCGGAUUUUCGGGGUAUAUAUAGUUGGAAGAGUCAGCGUUAGGCGUGAAACAGAUGAGAAGCAGGUGAACGACAAGAGAAAGGAAAUCAUCGAGAGCCGAAAUCCCGAAUAUCGCGAGAGAAUCAUCUGCGGCGAAGCGCUUGAGGAGGAUCAGCAAUGGUACGUGGACAGUCGCACCACCAUCGACGAGGAGAUGGGCGAGGAAUCUAAUUUGCCUACGCGAUCUGCGUCCGAGGUCAACAUACCGGCCACUGGCAGAUUUAAACCCUAUCCUAUGCGAAGUGGGGCAGAAGUUCCUAUGGGAAUCGACCCGGAUGGUGGUGCCUCUCGAGCUGGCACGGAGACUCCAACGCCAGCGCCGUCGACUCACACCGCUGGUGGGAGCUCCAUGCAUAAUCCGCAUCCGCCCGCAGGCCCUGGAUCACUAAUGAAUGAGAAGAACGCAGUGGAGGAGACAGAAGAGAACAACGUACCCUCCCCAGGAAAUUUGCUGAGGAGUAGGACAGAGGCGGUGACGGACAGGGUAUCUUCGUGGUGGAAAAAACUAGGGAGAUCCAGUACAUUUCAGCCAACUUCUUAG